AUCCAAACUCAACGCGAUAUCCGCCCGUAGUCAACAUGGCGGCCCCGGGUAGGCGAGAGCUGCUGAGGUUGCUAUCCCAGUUCGGCGCGUUCAUUCUGACCCGGUUCGGGUUCUGGAACUGUUUCAGCAUGUUGAUGCUCUUUGCUGAACGAGCCGAUGUGAAAAGAAAGCCGGAUAUCCAGGUGCCUUACCUGUACAUAGACAUGGGUGUGUCGGUGUUGUGCGCCAGCUUCAUGUCCUUCGGUGUGAAGCGCAGGUGGUUCGCACUGGGAGCUGCUAUUCAGCUUGCGUUGAGUACUUACGUCUCCUAUGUGGGCGGACUGGUCCACUAUGGAGAUUGGCUAAAGGUGAGAAUGUACUCCCGGGCCCUCGCCAUCAUCGGGGGGUUCCUGGUUCUGGCAAGCGGGGCGGGGGAAGUGUACCGGCAGAAGCCCAGGACCCGUUCGCUGCAGUCCACCGGCCAGGUGUUCCUGGGGAUCUACCUGAUCUGCAUGGUGUACUCACUACAGCACAGCCAGGAGGACCGUCUGGCCUACCUGGACCACAUCCCGGGCGGAGAGCUGACGGUGCAGCUGCUUGUGGUGGUGUUCGGGGUGCUGGCGCUCUCCUUCCUGUCCGGUUGCUACGUGCGCCUCGCCGCCCAGAUCCUCGCCAUCCUGCUGCCGCUGGUGGUGCUGUUCGUCGACGGCAACUUCGGCUACUGGCACCGUUCCCGGCGCGUGGAGUUCUGGAACCAGAUGAAGCUCAUCGGGCAGAACGUGGGCAUCUUCGGGGCCGUGCUGAUCCUCGCCACGGACGGCUGAGGAUAUGCGGGGGCUGGGUGAGGUGGGGUUAUGGACGGAACAUUAACAGGGAGAGGGAGACCUGUAACCUGAGACACUUCCCUGGGGGGAAGGGUUCUUUGGAGGUGUUCUGGGUCAGGACCGAAUUAGGGUGGGUGUGGGUGGGUGGCGUGAGAGGACUUAACCCGACCAUGAAAAGGAAUUGGACUGAGCUUCCUGGAACUCAAGCAGGUUGACUCAGCUGACUUUCUUCAAAUGUCUUAAAUCAUUUAGAUGGGUAGCAUCCAUUCUACCCUUCUUCUACCUUAUUUGCUUAUCUAUUUGUUAUGUUUUUAUAUAUAUAUAUAAAAUAUAUAUCAUAUUGUAAUGUUUAUGUUUACAUUUGCUUGAUUUGUUUUUUUUUAUUGCUUAUUUAUGAAGAAAGUCUUGGUCUACUGUAAAGAGUUUACAUUGCUGUACACAAGGGAAGCCUUGGCUUGGCCGUAUCCUGGCAGAAUACUACCGCACUGCAACCGUGACUGCGUGCAGCUCCUCGCGUUCCUUUUACCAUUGCUAUGAGCGAAGCCGUCAAUAAAAGAUGAAUUGUUUUUGUAUGGAA